AUGGCUUUAACUUAUGGAAACAUUGAGAAGAAGGACAAACCAUUUUAUAUUCGUCUUCAUUCAUCAUGUGUAACAAGUGAGACUUUGCGUGGAAGUGAUUGUGAUUGUGUGCAACAGUUAGAAGGCGCUAUCAAAAUAAUAUCUGAAAAGAAACAUGGCAUUCUAUUCUAUCUUUUACAAGAAGGUCGUGGUGCUGGUUAUGUUGCAAAAGCACGCGAUCGAAUGCUUGUACAAGCAUCAUAUGAUAAAAUCACAACAUUCAAAGCAUAUGAUAUUAUGGGCUUGAAGAAAGAUCAUCGACAAUAUGAAAAUAUUCCACAAAUUUGUGGUAUGUUUGGCAUUGAUAAUGCUAAAUUCAUUUUACUUACCAAUAAUCCAGAUAAAAUUCAAGCAAUGAAAGAUCUUAAGCUGCAGAUAAUACGUACUGAGCCACUCGAAGUCGAAUCAUCACCCUUCAACGUUGCCUAUUUAUCGUCUAAACUAGCUAGUGGUCAUUUAUUGCGUAGUGCUAGUCACUCAACACUUCGCGGCAAGUUAGCACCGGAACCGGUUCCUCUUUUCAAACCAUACGUAGUAUCCAAUGCUCAACGUUUCAUUCAUUGUGCUUCAUACUACUUGCCUAUGAAGCCAAUCAAUGAUGAAAUUCUUCUAACUGAUCAACAAUUUCAUGAUAUAUUUAAAUACCGACCGAUUGAUUACUACAUCAAUAUGCCGAAUCCCUGUAUACUUCGUUAUCAGUCUCUACGAAACAAUCGAUUCUUAAUCAAAAUCGAUUCGAAUAAUUUGCGAAAACAUGAAGAACAUUGUCAAAAUGAUCCUGUAUGUGAACUGCUAACAACACCAUAUUGGUUUAAGAUCCAUGUAUAUUAUGACAUAAUCACCACUCGUGAAUUUGUCAUUCUCACAUAUGGUACAGCUGAUAUGUCUCAUUACCCUAUUGUACGACUGCAAGUGGAAUCAUUAUUCAAUCGAUUUCCACUUCGCCAUGUCAUGCAUCGUGAUCGUUUGAAACAAUCUGUACAACUUAUUAUUCGAUAUGGUGUAGGCAUUAUUCUUUUGUUAGCAGACGGUGGACGAGGUGCUGGUUUUGGAGCAUAUGCUGUUGAUCGUAUGCUUUUGGAAAGAGGAGAAGUUUCAAAUUGUUAUAUAGCUCGGAAAAAAAAUUGUGUUAAUCAUGAUGCUAAUGAUUAUAAUGGUAGAAUAGCACUUUUGAAAAACCAUUGUCCACAAAACAAGAUUCAAUUAAUUAUGAAUACGCCAACAUCUAUUCUUAGAAAAAAGGCAUGUAUACAUGCACUUGCUGAUGAAAGAUUCGAGAUAAAAAAAUGGCUCUUUCUUCAACAAGAAGAAAUCUAG